UUUUAGGCUUGUCCAGGCGAACCCUAGAUCGGCACACUCCUCCCAUCCUCUCCCCUUCUCUUCGGUUGGCGGCCGGCGGCUGGCGGCUGGCGCCGGAGGCCGGACGAAGAGGCAGAGGAGAGAUCACCGGAUGGCGUAGCCCCCGCUCACUUCCCGUUCGUUGAGGCAGCAGGGCAGCCACUUCCUGCUCGAGCUCGACACGCUUCCCUCGUGGGCUCUCAGUCGGACGGCGACCCUCAAGCUCCACACCCCUGUGGCCCUGUAACCCUCAAGCUCGACGCCCAGAUCCCCUGCGGCCAAGCCCUUCUACCCGUGAGUCAAGUCCCAGUCCGGCUGCUCUGCUUCCCAGCUGCUCCUUCAAUCCGGCUUCGGCAGCUCACUUCUCACCACGGUUCAGCACCUCAACAAGUUGUAGGGAGGAUACAAGACAAGUCAGCAGCAUGGAGAUGGGGAAUCAGAAGCAAGCAAAGGGGAUGGGGAAACUGAGCUCAGGGACGAGGUAGAGAGACAGAGACGAGGAAGAAGAAGACCAAGGUAUUAGUUAGUCAUGGUGUUCAGCAAGGUGGAAGUUAACUUGAGAAGGCUGCUUGAGGCGGCCCCCCGCCAGCAGAAUCAGGCUAAGCUUGUCCAUUACAUAACCACAGCCAGGGAGCUGUUGGAGCAACUUGGAGCUGAAAUUACACCAGAAGGAAUAUCAAGCCUGCAAGCUGCACUCUGUGUUCCAGCUAGCAUUUUGUUGAGGAUCCAUAGUUACAGAAAGAAAUACAGCCGUGUUUCAAAAGCUAAGCUCAGUGAGUAUUCAGAAAAGAUUGAAGCACUAGCUGCCACGCUUGCUUCUCUAGUGCCAGAAAAUGAAAAUCUGGUUGAUGAGAGUAGAGAACAAGACAGCUCUUAUGAAAGAGAAAAGGUCGGGAGUCCAAUAUCCUUAUCAUCAGGACUGCGGAGGAGAUCGACGGCUCAGAUGGAGGUUGGACCAAGCAGUCAUGAAAGAAAAGAAAGAGACACUGGAGCACCUAUUAAAUUGGAUGCAGAAGCUCAGGCUCAUAUUGAGAAGCAUAGGAAGCUGCAAGAAGAUCUGACUGACGAAAUGGUUGACUUAGCACGCCAGCUGAAGGAGAGUAGCCUUUUAAUGAACCAAUCCGUGCAAGAUACAGAGAAGAUCCUCGAUUCCACGGAGAGAGCCGUGGAACAUAGCCUGGCGAGUACUGGCCGUGCAACGGCGCGAGCCUCGGAGGUCUACUCGCUGGCCUCCAAGACGAGCUGCUUCCAGUGGUUGCUCAUCUUUUUAAUGACCUGCAUGUUUGUCAUGGUGGUUCUGCUCGUACGGAUCACCUGAUGUCGGUCGCCAUGGCGUGUCACCAGUGGCCGCUAAGAUAGUAGUGAAGUCUUGUAAACGGUCCUUGUAUGAAGAUAAACUUGAACCCGUGUUCCAGAGGAGCAUUGUUGCUCAACUCAACAUGGUUAUGCAGUUUGCUGAAGAAAGAUGUCCCAUUGGGAGAAUGCACCCAGGCCCACUGUUAGUUAA